UCGUAGAAGACAAAGGGUGUACAACGGCCGCAAGAUACAGAGGGGAGAUUUGGACCCCUGCACUUAAUCAACUUCACAAAACUCUAAUCUCACUAUCCGCGACCCUUUCCUCACUCGAUGAACGCUACCUCUUCUCUUUCUUUCAGUUCUAAAACAACCUUUAAGUUUCGUCUAGAUUCAACUUUCAAGCAGUACCGUCAAGAUUCGUUGUGUUCAAGCAUCACUUUUUUUUUUCAAUUCCAGGUGGUUGAAAUUGGCAAAGGGAGCAAGGUUAAUUAUGAAUUGGACAAGAAAAGUGGACUUAUAAAGCAAAGUAUCAAUGAAGAUGUUGAAAAGGAUGAUAUAAAUGAUGAAAUUCAAGACGACGACGUAGAUGAUGGAUUUCAAGAGGACGUUGUAGGUGACAAAUUUCAAGAGGACAACAUAGAUCUUGAUGAUGAAUCUCAAGAGGAUGAUAUAGACGGUGAAUUUGAAGAGGACAAUGUAGAUGAAGAAUUUCUGGAGGUUGACAUAUGUGAUAAAUUUCAAGAGGACGAUUUGGAUGAUGAAUUCCAAGAAGACUAACUUGAAUGAGUUGGAUGAUGUCUUUUUUUUGUCUUGUAGGUGAAAGCAUUAAACUUGAACUAUGUUUUUUGUUCUUUUACUGGGUCAUUCUUCAAAGUAUUAAACUUA